AUGGAUGGAAACGGACAAAUAGGGAAGGCUUUCGUCCCCAACGAAGUCGUGAUGGAUAUACAACCACCAAUGUAUAGAGGCCGUAGUUUGAUGAUGGCAGCACCUAUGUGCGACGCAUCAUGUGUGGCUCCCAGAAUAUGCGUAUCUACCAAUGUCUGCAUAUGUCCGUCCCCGCAGGUCUAUGACGCUACCACCAUGACUUGCGCAAAUCCCUACGCCGUGAUCUUCAUUCGAAUUCACUUCAUAACUAUUCGUUUCAUACCCGGAAUGGCGAAUUCAGCCUCUACGGACUUUCAAACGCUCCAAUCAUCGUUCAUAUCUAGCAUAUACCUUAUUUUGGUGACGGACGUGAUUGCCAGUGGGGUAGUCAUCGAUAUUCACAUUCUGAGAUUUUUGCCGGGCUCGGUAAUAGUAGAAGCGGAGUUAGUAUUGAAGGAAAAUUCUAAUGUCACGUUAGCUUACCUAAAAAACAUUAUCGAAAAAGGUUUAAGAAAUCCUCCAACUCACGCUCCCUUGAAUUUCACGAAUUCGCGUCUGGAUGAUAUGCGCGAUGACGAUGUUUGCGAUAGCACAUACAAUAUGUGCGGAGAAAAUGCUUACUGCAUUUCCCAAGGCAAAAAGUUCAUAGAAUGCCAAUGUAACAAGGGUUAUGAAAAUGUACUAGCUAGACAUAACCCUUUCACCAAGGAGAUUCAAUGUGAGGAGAUAUGCAAACCUACGGAAUGUUCAAAUAGAGGAUAUUGUGAUAUUCAAAAUGGGGAAAAAAGAUGCAAUUGUUAUAUAUGGUAUCUGGGACACAAAUGCCAGUUCAAUGGAAUCAAUAUUUUAUUGGUAUUGAUCGGAGUGAUAGGAUUAUUAUUGUUCAUUGGUGUCAUAACGUUAAUAGCAUUUUCAAAAAGGAGGUAUGGUAAAAGUUUAUAUGAAAGAUGGUCCCCUUUUAAAAUUGAUUCGAAGCAUAUAUGGCCUUUUUCGAAUAACGAUAGCGAAAAGGAUGGAUUAUCUAUUAAAUCGUCAACUAUCAACUUGGUAUGUGUUAGGUAA